ACCCCAUCUCCUCCUCUGCUGCUGCAAUCGAUUCGAUUCGAUUCAAUUUCAAAUCGCCUCCUCUUCUUUCCCUUCCCUUCCCAAAAGAGAUCCCUCGUCCGUCCGUCCAUCCUUCCUCUCUCUAGGGGGGGGCCAGGGCAGAUCACCGGAGCGAUGGGAUCCACUGCUCCGCCGCCGCCGCAGAUGGAGGGUAGGGUUGCGCCGCUCCCCGCCGGCGCCGAGGAGUACGUGCGCGAUUCCAUCCACAGCUCCCUGGGCCUCCCCGUCUCCGACCGCUCCCUCCGCCUCAAGCUCCUUGCCUCCGAGGAACAGCGCCACCGCCUCCAGGACCACAUCUUCUCGCUCGAGGAGGACCUCCGCGCAGCCCAGCGCCGCAUCGACCUGCUCAAGGCCGAGGCCGCCAUGAACGCCACCGGCCUCCGCCGCUGCGUCGAGGACAAGGAGGCCCUGGCCACCGCGUACGCCCAACUCAAUGCCAAGUGCGCCAAGGAGUGCGAUCUCUACGAGCGGGACCUCGAGCGCGCCAUGGACUCCUGCGACGAACUCGCCAGGGAGAACAACGACCUGCGCGCACGCCUCCACCAAAACGCAAAUUUGGAGGCAUUGACGGCUAGAGUGCAAGAACUAGAGAAUGAUAAGGAGACUCUGAAGACAAAUCUUGCUACAGCAGAGGCAGAGGUGAUCACGCUGAGUGAGGACAACAGGGUUCUUGAUGAAGAGAACAAAAGGCUGCUGGGUUUGCUGGAGAAAGAGCGACAACGCCGGUCUGAAAGAAAGAAAUCGGCCAGCACAUCCACCAAGCAGAAUAAGCGCAAGUCGUCUAGCUUGAGGGAUGGCAGCCCAGCUGGUCGGGCUCUUGAUUUCGGUGGUGCGGAUUCAUCAAGGCAUCCACUGUCGCCGCUGCCCCACAACUCUCCAGACUGCAGGGCGCACAAGAAAUGAAGCAACGGCUCGGAGCAUUUGUGGAUUAACCUGUGCAACGCGAGUGUUGCCGCAUGCUGCUUGCUGAUGAUCUGAUUCUGAUCUCGUCCCACUAACUUGGGAUUGAAUUGUCUUUGUUUCAUGUGUUUUACUUACUAGAGUUGUAGGCCAGGACAAACUUAUGGUGCUUGGCUUCCAUUCCAUUGGCUAGAGAUUGCUUUUCUAUUUGUGAUCGAGGAAAUGAAAGGACCAUAGUUAGUUGAUGCCUUGACGUACGAUACGAUAGCUGGGAAGCUUAUCUAGUCCAGCUCCUCUGUUUUUCUUUUCUUGUCAAGAUCCCAAGAAAAGAAAAUUCUGGUGGCUGGUAGUAGUAUAUGUAUUAUUAUGUAUGGUAUAAUAAUCAUGAUACUUGACGGGCAAAUCUGUGUGAUGAGUGAUUGGA